GCAUCAGUUCUCUUUCGACGAUCGGAGUGCUCGGUUCUGCGGACGGAAGACUGCCGCUCGAAUCAUAUCGAAAUAAGACUCGCGAGUCACAAUUGCACCGUUGAAACGGCAAUUAAUCAAUGAAGAAAACCUGGGCGGAAUCGAAUGAACCAGAAAAUCAACCAGAUAGCAGCAAAGCCAACGGAAUGGAAAAAAUGUUAGACCACGCCGUUUGUCGAGCGUUGACGAUUUGACGCUGCGCUGUGUCUGGAAGGAAACACUACCCGCUUUUCCGGCUCUCGAGGCGCCUCCACGAGGAGUGAGGUGCAACCGCAGAGAAGGUCAGCAAAGAAAGAGCCCAAGGGGUUCCAAGUCACACAACCGAACUAAGCUAAGACGCACAAAAUGAGACACAAUCGACUGAAGGUCCUGAUCCUGGGACUCGUCCUCCUGCUGACAUCUUGUCGAGCGGAUGGACCGCUGCACAGUGCGGAUCACGGCAUGGGCGGAAUGGGCAUGGGUGGUCACGGCCUGGACGCGAGUCCCGCACCCGGUUACGGAGUGCCAGUCAUACCCAAGGAUCCCAAUCUGCGAUGCGAGGAGAUCACCAUACCAAUGUGUCGGGGCAUUGGCUACAACAUGACAUCCUUCCCCAACGAAAUGAACCAUGAGACCCAGGACGAAGCGGGCCUGGAGGUGCACCAGUUCUGGCCCCUGGUGGAGAUCAAAUGCUCGCCGGACCUCAAGUUCUUCCUGUGCAGCAUGUACACGCCCAUCUGCCUGGAGGAUUACCACAAGCCGCUGCCCGUUUGCCGGAGUGUCUGCGAGAGAGCCCGCUCGGGAUGCGCACCCAUCAUGCAGCAGUACAGCUUCGAAUGGCCGGAGAGAAUGGCGUGCGAGCACUUGCCUCUUCAUGGUGACCCCGACAAUCUGUGCAUGGAACAGCCCUCGUACACGGAGGCUGGCAGCGGUGGCAGCUCGGGCGGAUCGGGUGGCUCUGGCAGCGGUUCCGGCUCCGGCGGCAAACGGAAGCAAGGAGGCAGUGGCUCGGGCGGCAGUGGGGCCGGCGGCAGCAGCGGUUCCACCUCAACGAAGCCGUGCCGCGGACGCAAUUCAAAAAACUGCCAAAAUCCCCAAGGAGAAAAGGCAAGCGGAAAAGAGUGCAGCUGCUCGUGCCGCUCCCCACUCAUCUUCCUGGGGAAGGAGCAGCUGCUGCAGCAGCAGUCGCAGAUGCCCAUGAUGCACCAUCCACACCACUGGUACAUGAACCUCACUGUCCAAAGGAUCGCCGGCGUUCCAAACUGCGGCAUACCGUGCAAGGGGCCCUUCUUCAGCAACGACGAAAAGGAUUUCGCCGGCCUCUGGAUCGCCCUGUGGUCGGGACUGUGCUUCUGCAGCACGCUCAUGACCCUAACCACAUUCAUCAUCGACACCGAAAGGUUUAAGUACCCGGAGCGGCCCAUUGUCUUCCUCUCCGCCUGCUACUUCAUGGUGGCAGUGGGCUACCUGUCGCGCAACUUCCUGCAGAACGAGGAGAUCGCCUGCGACGGCCUGCUGCUCCGGGAAAGCUCCACGGGUCCGCACUCGUGCACCCUGGUCUUCCUGCUUACCUACUUCUUUGGCAUGGCCUCGUCCAUCUGGUGGGUGAUCCUCAGUUUCACCUGGUUCCUGGCCGCUGGUCUGAAGUGGGGCAAUGAGGCCAUCACCAAGCACUCGCAGUACUUCCACCUGGCCGCCUGGUUGAUUCCCACUGUCCAGUCCGUGGCCGUACUCCUGCUCUCGGCGGUGGAUGGCGAUCCCAUUCUGGGCAUCUGCUAUGUGGGCAACCUCAAUCCGGAUCACCUAAAGACCUUUGUGCUGGCCCCGCUCUUCGUUUACCUCGUAAUCGGCACCACCUUCCUGAUGGCCGGCUUUGUGUCCCUCUUCCGCAUCCGCUCGGUUAUCAAGCAACAGGGCGGUGUAGGAGCUGGUGUCAAGGCGGACAAGCUGGAGAAACUGAUGAUCAGGAUUGGCAUCUUCUCGGUGCUCUACACGGUGCCGGCCACCAUAGUUAUCGGAUGUUACCUGUACGAAGCAGCCUACUUUGAGGACUGGAUCAAGGCCCUGGCCUGUCCAUGCGCCCAGGUGAAGGGUCCCGGCAAGAAGCCUCUCUACUCGGUCCUGAUGCUCAAGUACUUCAUGGCCCUGGCCGUGGGCAUCACCUCGGGCGUGUGGAUCUGGUCUGGCAAGACGCUGGAGAGCUGGCGACGCUUCUGGCGGAGACUCCUAGGAGCGCCGGACCGCACGGGCGCCAACCAGGCGCUGAUCAAGCAGCGGCCUCCGAUCCCGCAUCCCUAUGCCGGAUCUGGAAUGGGAAUGCCCGUGGGCUCGGCGGCGGGCUCCCUGCUGGCCACGCCCUACACCCAGGCGGGCGGAGCCUCGGUGGCCUCCACCAGCCACCACCACCUGCACCACCACGUUCUCAAGCAGCCGGCGGCCAGCCACGUAUGACAUGGAGAGUCGGGGGGAGCAUCGACCAUGGGCGGCGGUGGGGGCGGCGGUAGCACCCUUGGCGGCGGCACCCUGGGCCACGGCACCGCGAUGAGCAGCAGCACGGUCGGCAUGGGCCCUCUCCCCGGCACCCUGAUGCAUGGCGCCUCCGGCGGAGGCGUGGGCGGCGGCAAUCCCGGCAACGUUUACGGCAAUGGCAACAACGGAGUGGGCGGACAGAAUACCGCUCCCGGCUCCGUGAUCGACUCGCGGGCCGUGUCCGUGGUGGUCACGCUGCCCGGCGGCCCGGGUGCCCAGCAUCCUGGCCAGGCGCUCAGCGACUAUGGUCCCAUAUAGUUAAUGGUACGCCCGGACACCGCGCACUGGGUCUCGACCAGCAGUUUUAGCCAGCUGUAGCCGCUCAAAUUGGUCGACUCGCACGCCCGGCCUCUGUCUCACUCGCACUUCUAGGCUCUCACUCGCACACUCCAUCCCCAUCUCGCUCGCUCCCGCUUUUUGGUUAGGGCACUCUUAGCAAAGGUUUUCCAGAAAUGCCAUAUAAAUUCGAGUAGCCGUAGUUUGAUUGUUGAGUGAAAAGCGCCGUUUUUCCAAUACCCAUCGAUUUGGCGGAAUCGGAAAUCACUCUAUUACGUUUUCUGAAUUUAACAUUUAUUUUUCUUGCAACUUUUCGAAUCUUUGAAAUUAUUUGGACCACAACUUUUACAAAGAAAUUAAAUCCAAUCCAAAUUAUUUGUAACACUAAAAGAAGUGAUUUUCUGUACUAUACCUAUAAUUUUUAGCGUUAAUAGGUUCAUAAUUUAUUUCAAUUCCGCCAAAUUGCUUCUGAGUUGAAAAUGGUAAUAAGAGCAACAAUAAGCAUUGAGAUGUGUUAGACAACCAAUCUGCAUACAAGAUUCUAGUCCAAAAAAACCUUUGUCUUCAAAAGCAGAUGAGCAAAGAGCUUGGUCGUAGCGAAAGGGUACUAGCCACAGUAAAAAUUCAAGAUCGAAUCCAGUUGAAGCGCGUUUGUUCUACCUGCCAUUAACUGAUUUCCUAUCUGAAUAUUCAUAUUGCCACCUUUUCUGUUGUUAAUCCCUUCCACAAACACUUUCCUCAACGAAAUAGACUGAGAAACGCAAAACCAAUUAAUAAACCGCCACGUAGAGCACUCGGGGUAAAGUAGCGAGCGGAAUCUGCCCACACUGCCAAGUCAGAGCCACGAGCCAUAUUUCGAAAUUACAACUAACUUUUAAUCAAACUAACUACACUAUUAACCUUAACCUAACGUAAACACUUAACAUUACGAACGCAUACAAAAAUUAAAUAAAAAAGAAAAAGAAAAUGAAACACUUCGAAUGCCCAUAGAAAGUUAGUUGCGAUUUUAGGGUUGUCGCAUUAUCAAAGAACAGGCACUCAGUGUUGCCAGAUACCAUUUGUAAAUUAUUUAACGUAAUCUAAGGCAUUAUCCAACACUAAGUUUUGUACAUAUUUUCAAACCGCGCCUAGUUCAUAAACGCAUUUUUUUGUUCGGAGAUGUGAAAUUCCCUGAAACUAAAGUAUAAUAUAGUAACAUGCAUUUCAGCAUCAAAAGCAACUCUGCAUUUAAGCUCAAAAAUUGAAUUUAGUUUUUACAGAAAACCCAAAAAGAGAAAUUCUACCAUUCAAGUAAAUGAUUAAAUGAAAAUUGCCAACUUUUGCAGCCGAAGCAGGGCAUUUCUUUGCAUUUAUAAAAGAAGCAAAAACAAAAAUUGUAUAAAGCUAAAACUUUUAUAUAAGAGUAUUAAAUUAAAUGUAACCUUAGUUGUAGACGAAAUCGAAGAGAAGGGCAAGCAAAAGCAAAAGCAAAUGCAAAACGAAAUAUCUAUCAAGAAUUAAACACUAUUGUAUUUAAAUUUAAUAUUUAUAUUACAUGGUAAAAGCAGCAAUUUAACUGUUAGCAUUUCAAACCAUUUCACAUACGAAACAAAAAGAAGGGAUGAAAUUAUAUUAUAAAUUAUAUAAUAUAGCAACUAUGUGUGUAAUGUUUUUUAGCAACUAUAACUACUUCUAUUUACAAAACAAAAACAUGCUAAAGCUGUAAUAAAACAAUAUACAAAAUAGUUCAUUUUUGAGUUACUUUCUUUCGUUUAAACAUGAUUUCAUUAUGCAUGACAAGUAAGUAUUUUUAUUUAUUUGCCUUACUUAUUGUUUGAACUUUUCUUUUUCGAAUUUUCAAGAGAAGAUCCCUCAAACACUUAUACGUAUCAUUAAAACGAAGCUCUCCAAGUUAAGCAAGCCGAUGCAGAAAACAAACAAAACCAAAAAGAGUAAUUAUUAAUUAGCAAAUUUCUCUACAAGACGUACAAUGUUUAAUAAACAUAUAACACAUAUUGAACAAAAAACAAAAUCCAAUACAACCAUUUACGCGUACUAUUUGAUGUUGUUAAUAAGCUUAAAGAAAUAUUGCUAGCUAGUAGCGUUUAGUUUAGUUCUCUAAGAGAAAGUUGAAUCCCCGAAAGGGCUUUUCGCAUUUCUCCAACUUUAGUUGAAGGCGUACAUAGGAAACGCUUUUAUCUAUGAAUACAAAAUAUAAAAGGCUAAAGAGUGUAACGAAUAUACGUAAAUGGGAAAUCCAAACGAAUUGAAAUGAUAAAAUGUAAAAAUAAAUAAUGCAAUUUUGACUCUCAACUCGAAACAUUUUCUGUUAAUUUUUUGUGAUUGAAAACUAAUUUACUAAAUUGAUGAACCGAAAUUGAUUGCAAUUUGCGAAUGUAUACGAUUUUUUAAUUUUAAAAGAAAAUAUUUCAUAAUGGAGUGGAUUUUAGAUUGAUAGGUCAGGAUUGAGGAGAAUUGAAAGCUGGCGGUGAUUGAUGGAUCAGUUGAAGUUGCACGGAAACCAGAAACUUGACAUCAAGUGUAGUUGUGAAUUGUAUUUUGUGAAAUGUAAUUUAAUAAUAAAAUAAAUGAAAACCAAAAGCAAAUUAUAUAUACACUACAUAUUUAUAUGGAGCGAAGCGGCGCAGGAAAACCGGCAAGAGAAUACUUUAACAAAACUUCAUGCAGACAUUAUUUUAUUUACAAACAAAAUGCAUUUUAAAAAUAUUAAUCAAAUCAAAAAAACGAAAUAAUGUUGUUGAAAGUGACACGAUUUUUAUGCACACAUAAAAAUAUACAGCAGCAACACAAGUCAAAAAUCAAACGCGUUAACAACAACAAAAUAUACGAAAAAGCAGCAGCAACAACAAUAAUAUUAAAUACAUUUGUAAUUG